UAACAAACCCAAUUCAUCAUUUUCUGUAUACAACAAUACUCCAAAGAAGAUAGCUAACCGGAAAAAAUGGGGGUCGAUUACUACAACAUUCUGAAGGUUAAUCGCAACGCAAGUGAAGAAGAUUUACGCAAAGCUUACCGCCGUUUAGCAAUGAUUUGGCAUCCAGACAAGAACCUCGGCACAAACAAGAACGAAGCAGAGGCAAAAUUCAAGCAAAUAUCCGAGGCUUACGAUGUUCUAAGCGAUCCACAAAAGCGUCAGAUCUACGAUCUCUACGGUGAGGAAGCGUUGAAAACAGGUCAGGUCCCACCACCACCACGUGGUGGACCCCACAACAUGCGAAAUCCCCAUCCUAACCCUACAUUUCGGUUUAAUCCCCGAGAUGCUGAUGAUAUUUAUGCUGAGUUGUUUGGGUCCACGUCAUCGGACAAGUCGAGGAAAUCUAGGGAUGGGUUUUUUAGGAGUACGACGAAUGGUGGGGCCGAGUUUUCUGGGGUGGGGACAUCUGGCAGUGGAGGUGGGUUGAGAAAGGUUGCGCCUGUGGAGAAUGCGUUGUUGUGUAGUUUGGAGGAUUUGUAUAAAGGAGCUAAGAAAAAAAUGAAGAUUUCUAGAACUGUUCUAGAUGCUUCCGGGAAGCUUCGGACUCUUGAGGAGAUAUUGACCAUCGAGAUUAAACCUGGUUGGAAGAAGGGGACCAAGGUAACUUUUCCUGAAAAGGGAAAUCAGGAACCUGGUAUCAUUCCAGCAGAUCUGGUGUUUGUAAUCGAGGAAAAACCUCAUCAUGUCUAUGUCAGAGAUGGUAAUGACCUUACUGUCAAUCAAGAGAUUUCACUUCUUGAAGCGCUCACUGGAAAAACGCUGGAGCUGACAACACUGGAUGGGAGAAAUCUCAUUAUCCCAUUGACUGACAUUGUCAAACCUGGGCAUGAGGUAGUUGUACCAAAUGAAGGGAUGCCAAUUUCAAAAGAUCCUCGGAAAAAAGGAAAUCUAAGAAUCAAGAUGGAUGUUAAGUAUCCAACAAGGCUCACAGAAGCACAGAAAUCUGAUCUCAGGAGGGUUCUUGGAGGAUCUUCCUGAUCGUCUUUUGGUUCUGAUUGCCAGGGGUGACCAUAUGAACACAGGUAUUUCAGAUUGCCAGGGAUGACCAUAUCAACAUAAGUAUUCAGAUUGCCAGGGGUGAUCAUACGAACGUAAGUAUUCAGAUUGCCAGGGGUGACCAUAUGAACACAGGUAGAUAGUGCAGAUGUUGGAUGUAAAUAUAGGACAUGCUUGCAAUUGAAACUGUGAAUACUAGGAAGGUCUGGUAGUUUCAAUGUUUAGGGGCAAAAUGGAUAUUUUUUGGAGUUUGGGUGGUGGAGGGGUUAUUUUUUCCGUUGGGUCGGGACAUGUCCCUUCACAUUAUUUGGUUGAUAGAAUAUAGAUGACGUUAAUGCAGGCCCUUUUGUUAUGUUGCUUGUGAUUUUAGGUCUGAUCAGGACGCAAAUGCACUAGGAUCUUGCGUUUAUUGGGUUCAAUGCUGAUUACAUCCAUUGUAUCUUGACAUUGAGCAAGAAUUCUGCUUUUCUCCCUGUAGAAAAUCCCUUAGUUCUUUUCUUGGUCUCUUUUCUUUUUCCCGCAUCAUGUACUGAUAGCAGAUUACUGACUUCUUUAACUUAUUACAAAGUCCAUUGUUUUUAAGCUAA